CAAAGAGAGAGAUCGACUUGCUUGCUGCCUCGCCGAGUGACAGUGACACAGCAGCUGCAGGGUUUCCAUCCCAAACUCAUAGUACUAGUACUGUACUUCGUCACUCGUCUUUCAUAAAUCAAAAGAAAUGGCGAGCAAUUUGUCUUCCCCAACUGUUGAACUGGUCAAAGAUAAGGAACGAUUUGACAAAAUUUUGAAAGAUGCUGCUUCGCGUCUCGUGGUGGUACACUUUGCUGCGUCCUGGGCCGAGCAGUGUCAACAAAUGGGAGAUGUGGCAAAUGAACUGUCCAAAGACCCUGCCUAUGCUGAUGUCACCUUUAUCACAGUUGAUGCUGAGAGUUUAGCAGAAGUCUCCUAUGAAUAUGAGAUUGUGGCUGCACCUACCUUCGUGUUCAUAAAGGGUGGCAAAAUGAUUGACAGGCUGGAUGGUGCAAACGCAGCAGAACUGACCGGGAAGGUGAACAAGCACUCAUCCAGGUCUGUGAGUGACCUCAACCAACCGUCAGCCAAACAGAAUCUAAAUGAACGGCUGAAGAGACUGAUCAACUCCGCCCCUGUAAUACUGUUCAUGAAAGGAGACCCGAAUACUCCCAGAUGUGGUUUCAGUCGCCAGAUGAUCCAGAUUCUGAAUGAACAAAACGUCAAGUAUUCUACUUUUGACAUCCUGGAGGAUGAUGAUGUGCGGCAAGGUCUGAAAGCUUUCUCCAACUGGCCCACAUUUCCCCAGCUGUAUGUGAAAGGAGAGCUCAUGGGAGGCUUGGACAUUGUGAAGGAGAUGGUGGAGUCAGGGGAGAUUAAGGACUUGGUCCCGUCUACGCAAGAUCUGAACACGAGAUUGAAGAACCUCAUCAACCAGUCCCCUGUGGUGCUCUUUAUGAAGGGUUCUCCCAGCACCCCCCGCUGCGGAUUCAGCAGAACUACAAUUGGGAUUUUAAACGAGACAGGCGUGCCGUACACAACCUUUGACAUUUUAAGUGAUGACGAAGUCCGGCAAGGUUUGAAGACAUACUCAGAUUGGCCUACCUACCCCCAACUGUAUGUGAAAGGAGAGUUGAUGGGAGGACUUGACAUUAUCAAAGAGAUGAAAGAGAAUGGUGAGCUGGAGGCUGCUCUCAAAGAAUGAGGAAGACAGCUCCAGCUGAGACCACCCCUGCGCACUCGUUGUUGUUUUUUUACAUCCAUGCUUUUUAUUUAAAAGUUUUGUAUUAUCUGGAUGAAAAACAUGCUGAAUUCAAAGCCAUGCCUAAUAAACAGACUGUACAGUUGAGAUUGUACACAAGUGUUUCA